AUGGAUGAUACUCGCGAUCACUACGACUCGUCUGCAUCCCACGAGGAUGAUGUCCUCAACAACAGCGAUGGUGACGAAGAGUGGGAGGAUGUCGAAGCGGACAACGUGCUGGUCAAUCUGAACAUUGCCCCCUCUGUGGGUGACAAGGCUGUUGCUCCAUAUGGCAAGCACCUGAUCAGCAACCGCCAACUCGACGUGGCUGACAUUAUCGCCAACCACCAGGUGGUUGUGCUGGAGUACUGGGCUGCGUUUGCGCCGCCCAGCUUGCAGAUGGUCCAGCAAGAUGCUGCCGCCGUGCAGCAUCGUCAAGCUGAAUGGGGCGACCGCGUCACCGUCCUGGCCUGCAAUUUGGAUGAUGAUUUUGCUUCUGCCCAAUCGGCCUUUUUGCAACUUCAGGUCAGCUCAGAAGUCAUCAUGCCUCUGCACGUCAACGCCGAGGAGAAUGCUCGUACCUACAUGAUUGACUGUGAGUACGCUUGCCCUUUUUCGUGUGCGUCACCCGCGCCGUCACUGCUUCGACUCACCCUGCGUCGAAACCGCACAGCCGUACCCAUGGCAGUGGUCAUUCACAACGGUACCAUCAAAUGGCGAGGCCAUCGCGAUGAUAUCAAUCUGAUUACAUCCAUCAACAACCUUCUGGACGGCGGAGCUAUUCAGCUUGAGACUCGAACCCCUCAUACCAUUGGUCCCAAACCUGGCGUUCCUGACUUGGCCUCGCUGGAUGAGGAUGCCAUCAUGGAACUGUGUGACAGCAUCGCUGUACGUAACAACACCUCGACUCGCGCUGUGAUCGAUUCAACCAUCAGCGCCACCCCCCGACAAUGCUCACGCCCAUGA